AUGGGUUACCACUUUUUCAAAGUGUCCGCAGUUCUUUUCUGCAGGAAUUCAUCCCACAGUGUUGCAAGAUACAAUGGGUACAAUUUCUACACCACUCUCUAUGACACCAAGAACAAAAUCCCUGUUUACUCGGCCUACGAGUUCCACUGUUCAAGUGUUGACAGGGUUGAUCGCUGGUAUGUGGGACCACAGGUGAACGUCAGCCCAGUGAAUUUUCAAUUGACUGCUUGUGGGUCUACAGGAAAUGUGUCUGUAAUAUUACUCUCUACAGUACCCUGUGGAGCUGCUACAACCUGUGUCAGGUCUUUUCUUUCAACAUCCUCCAUACUGUGUCCCUUGGCCAGCAAUGUCUCACAGUCCAGUCACCUCGAGCAAGCAAAACUGCAUUCCUCCAGCUGGGGUCCCCUCACAAUCUCUGGACCCGUAGCCGCCUCAGUUGCACGCCUGCCACUCCACCGUACUGGUCCUACGACGUCCGCCUGGUUCGUAGGCUAAAGGAUCAGCGCCAGCUCUCGUCAGAUGCCAAUCCCAGCAGUACCUCCAAAUUUCUGUUACAGGCCUCAAGCAUGAGUAACCUGUGAACAGAUAUUGUGUCCUGUUUUGUACAGGAAAAUCAGACACUGGAGAUGCAAAUUGUGAUCGCUCAGCAAACUGUUCUCUGUCUUUAUUAAACAGAAUACAUCUUU